AUGUCUCAUUUGGACCUAACUGGCUGCAAGAAGAGGAAGAGAGGAGAACGGGUUUUUAGGUUCAAGAGCUUUGGAGAAAAAGGGUAUCCGGUCGAGUUUCUGGGUCCAUUUCGGAAAAAUGUGAAGGCAUUGCUUGAAUUUGGGCAUUUGGAGAGCGAUUUAUGUCCCCGAAUGCCUAGUUGGUCCUUUCAGCUUGAAGUCCAUCGUCACCCUCCCGUUCAUGUCUUGCUCUUCAUCAUUGAAGAGUCUAUUGACAUAUCGGUCAAUCGUCAUUGCAAGCAAUGCCAAUUCGUCGGCUGGGGUCAGCACUUGAUUUGCAACAAGAAGUACCAUUUUGUGCUGCCUUCUAAGGACACAAUGGUGGAAGCUUGCAUGAACUACAAAGAGGGCAAUGAUCACGUGGUUGCGGACUCAGGGAACUUUGGUAAGUCCAAGAUUCUAGUGGAAUCACGGGGGCACAUCAUGCAUGGUGUGUUUCACUCAAAUGGGUUUGGGCAUUUGUUGUGUGUGAAUGGGCUCGAAAAUGGGUCGGACUUGGCUGGACACCACAUCAUUGACUUUUGGGAUCGUUUGUGCAACGGAUUGCGAGUAAGGAAAGUGAGCUUAAAUGACACUUCCCGGAAGAAAGGAAUGGAGUUGAGGCUAAUCCAUGGGAUUGCCUAUGGUGAGCCAUGGUUCGGACGAUGGGGCUACAAGUUCGGUCGAGGAACCUUUUGUGUCACGCAACAAAUGUACCAAAGAGCCCUAGAAGCCUUAAGUGGCAUGCCCUUAACCUUACUCAUCCACAAUUUUCUAUAUCCUCCAAAUAACCAAGACCUUUCUCUCAUAUUCUCAAAGUACCAAGCCCUAUCUGAUCACUCCCUAACAACCCUCGGCGACCUCUUCCAUUUCAUGCUAGAGCUCAAGUCACGUCUUCCAAAAGACACUUCCAACAUGGAGUCUUGCAACCCCGGGAUAUUGGUUGAAACGACAUGUCGUUGGUCCCCCAAGAGGGUUGAAAUGGCCACUAGGGUUAUAGUUGAAUUCCUAAAAAGAGCUCAAUUCAGGUGGGUUUCUAGGCAAGAAGUUAGGGAUGCUGCUCGCAACUAUAUUGGCGAUACCGGGUUGUUAGAUUUUGUGUUGAAAUCACUUGGGAAUCAGAUUGUUGGGAAUUAUUUAGUGAGGCGAAGCUUGAAUCCCGUGACCAAAGUUCUUGAGUAUUGCUUAGAAGAUGUGUCCAAUCACGUUUUCAUUAAUAAUAAUAGCAAUCAUGAAGGCAAUAAUUUGGUUGUUAACGGAUCGAGAAUGAGGGCCAUGUACAAGAUCACGAGGUUUCAAUUAAUGAAGGACGUGUUCUACUUGUACAAGUGCGUUCUCAAGGAGAAUGUCAAGAUGAACUCAGGGGUACUCUCGGCAAUUUCAGUGGCUGUACGGAUAGUUCUCGAUUCUAAAUACCUUGUUAAAGAGUAUUCUCCAGAAAUUCCCGCGAAAUUCGAGGUAGGUCUAGAAGGAAAAUUGAAUUUAUAUUGUACAAUUCUACUAAAAAACAAUGAACAUCAUCAAAAUGGUACUCAUGGUCAUGAACAUGGUUUCAACAAGGCCAUAUUGCCCCCCUUUGAGUGUGUGACAUUGAAAAACAAUACCACAAUUGAUGAACUAAAGUUAGAAGUGGAAAGAAACUUUAGAGAGAUAUAUUGGAGUUUGAGGAGUUUUGUUGUGGAGUCAAUUCACAAUGUGGAUUCAAGGGGUACGGAUUUGGUAUUUGGGUUGGUUGAAGUUGGUCAAAAGAUUGUUUUUGAGGGAAGUAUUAACAAAGAUCAUCAAAUGAUGAGAGAUAAUUUAAGUGGAGAAAAAAUUAUUAUUAAGUGGGAUGAGUUAUAUGAAAGUGGUAUUGAGACGUGUGCUAUGGAUUGCCCUUGUGGUGCAAAAGAUGAUGAUGGAGAAAGGAGGAUCUCUUGUGACAUUUGUGAGAUUUGGCAACAUACUCGAUGUGUUGGGAUUCCUAAUGGUGAACAAGUGCCUCACAUAUUUCUUUGCAGUCGUUGCGAGCAAAAAAUCUCGUUGUUGCCUAAUUUUAUUCCUUAA